UCAUAAUUCGGAAUCGUUUUGUUAUUUCCGUCAUAAAACUUUGUUUUGGUUUGCGAGAUCUGUCAAAAUAAACACAAACGCAAAUUUCUUAUAAAAGCUGUGUCACACAUAACAGCUCUGAGAAGUAGCACAACUUGGAUAUUGCGUGCUACUUAAUGCUAAAAAAAUGACAACAUAAAAACAGUAGCUGAAUAAGCUACACAAGUCACUUCCUUUGCACCAGCAAUAACACUUUACCAAAAUGGGAGGUGCAGUGUCUACUGGCAGGGACAAUGAUGAACUGGUGGAUAACCUCAAAGAUGCCGAAUAUAUAAAAUCACAAUUAGUGGAGGAUGUAUUCCGGGCAGUAGACCGGGCAGACUACUAUCUCCCGGGACAUAAAGAGGCCGCUUACAAAGACCUGGCUUGGAGACAUGACCACUUGCACUUGUCCGCUCCUUGUAUAUACUCAGAAGUCAUGGAAGCCUUACAGUUGAAGCCUGGUUUAUCAUUUCUAAACUUGGGUAGCGGUCUUGGCUAUCUGAGCACCAUGGUUGGGCUGAUUCUAGGCCCAUAUGGAGUAAACCAUGGAGUUGAGCAGUUUGAGGAUGUUGUUCAGUACGCAGAGGAGCGGCUUUCAGAAUUCUUGAAGAGGAGUCCAGCAGUUGAUAAGUUUGAGUUCUGUAUGCCGAAGUUCAUCGUUGGAAACUGCCUCAAUCUGAACCCCGGGCACCUGUAUGACCGUGUGUAUGUAGGGGCCGGUUGUCCUCCAGAGCAUGAGAACUACAUGAAGAAUUUGUUGAAAGUUGGAGGCAUCUUGGUGAUGCCACUGAAUGACAGGUUGAUCCAGGCUAAAAGAGAAAAUGAAACAGAGUGGAGUGUAACCAACAAGUUACCUGUGUCCUUUGCCACACUUGCUUCCCCUCCGUUGGAGCCCCUGCCUGAUCUGAUUGACCUCCCUGAGGCACUUCAGCCAAACCUUCAGGAGCUCUGCCGUUGCACAGUACGCAGAGUUCUCAGAAGUAACAUCUACAAGAGGCAUCCAGACCUGACCAAAGUUCACAAGAGGAGGAAGAAGCAGAAGCCAGAGAAGAGGUCACAUGGGGCCAUGUCCAACAUGAGCAUCAUGCCGUUCAGCAUGGGAAUGAUGAUCUUGCAUCAGCUGGACAGGGACAGUGACAGCGAUAACAGCAUGCAGGAGCAUUACUUGUUGGAAGAAGAGGGAGAUGAAAGUCCUGAUCAUAGUAGGGAUCUUGACAGGGACUCUGGAGGUGAACCUGUAGAGAUUGAAAGUGAUGUUGAGGAAGAGGAGGCUAGGGAUAUAGCACAAGAUGCUACAUUUUCUACAGAUGAUGAGGGUGAUGUUCGGGAUAAGAAUGCUGCCUGUGAUAAUGAUGAUAAACAUUGGGGACAAGAACACAAGACUGUGGAUGAUAUAGCAUCUGGAGAGGUGAAUGAAACAAAUGGGAAACAAAUGUUGGAUAAUGGACCUAAAGAUGCAAAAGAUGAUGGUUCGGAGAAGGAUGAUGAAAAGCACAGUGAUUAUGCAAGUGAUGAGGAGCAUGAUAAUGUUGAUAAUGAUGUGAUACAGGAAGUAAAAGAGGCAAACAGAGUUGCUAGCAAGAACAAUGAACAAAAUGGACACACUGAUGCCAAAAUGUUUAGGAUAAAUGACUUCAUAUCAAAUGUGGUAUCUUCCUCCAAUAAUUGCAUGCCAGGACCAAGUGAAGAUGUAACCCCACCUGACGCUGAUUGGUCCGAUAACAGUGAUGAAGGAGAAGACAGACAAUACAACGUGGAGGAAUUCAUAAAACAGGGAGCCAGAUCUACAGCUCCUAAGCAAAGGUAUUCCUCUACAACCAGUGUGGAUACUUCCACUACUAGUGGGAUUGGUUCAUUUGUUGAAGAACAUUUUGACUUGGAAAUGGGGGGUAGGUCCUUUGGGGAAAAGACCUCCUGCUUGUUUAGCCCAGUAGAAGAGCCUCACAGUUCGAGGCAACGUCGCCGUGGUAACAUGGAUAUCGAGGAAGAUCUAGAGGAAGACGGUCAAGAAGAAGAUGUCAGUGAGCCGAUACGCGCCUCUCUGACGGACUUCAUGAGGGAAGAUAUUGACACCUUACCUCUGCCUCUUGCAAUGAAGUCCUUCCUGAAAUACUACAGACACUAAGUAGAAAUCUUAUCUGUACAGUUUUACAGUGAAAACCAUGAAUGUCUCCUUGUUUAAAAUUUCCCAUUGGUGUUUCUAUUUUAAUUAGAAUUUAUUUUGCCUGGGACUAGUCUUCUGAUGAUGAUUCUUCGGUGAUUCUUAAGUUAGUAUUAUUUCAAACUUCAUAUUAUGACUUACGCAUUUAAAAAAUUACCUUAAAAAGUCUGACUCAUAAGAUUACAUUAAUUUAACAUCUUUGUGGAUAUUAUUUUUUUAGCUCACCUGUCACGAAGUGACAUGGUGAGCUUAUGUGACCUUGUGAUGUCCGGCAUCCGUAUGUGUGUGCGUGCGUACGUCAACAAUUUGUUUGUGUAGACAAUAGAGGUCACAGUUUUCAUCCAAUCUUUAUGAAAUUUGGUCAGAAUGUUUAUCUUGAUGAAAUCUGGGUUGGGAUUAUAUUUGGGUCAUCUAGGGUAAAAAACUAGGUCACUAGGUCAAAAACUAGGUCACAUAAUUGGUCAAAUAAUAGAAAAACCUUGUGUAGACAAUAGAGGUCGCAGUUUUCAUCCAAUCUUUAUGAAAUUUGGUCAGAAUGUUUAUCUCGAUGUAAUCUGGGUUGGGAAAGUAUUUGGGUCAUCUUGGGUCAAAAACUAGGUCACUAGGUCAAAAACUAGGUCAAAUAAUAGAAAAACCUUGUGUAGACAUUAGAAGUCGCAGUUUUCAUCCAAUCUUUAUGAAAUUUGGUUAGAAUGUUUAUCUUGAUGAAAUCUGGGUUGGGAUUGUAUUUGGGUCAUCUGAGGUAAAAAACUAGGUCACUAGGUCAAAUAAUAGAAAAAACGUCAACAAUUUGUUUGUGUAGACAGUAGAGGUCACAGUUUUCAUCCAAUCUUUAUGAAAUUUGGUCAGAAUGUUUAUCUUUAGGAAAUCUGGGUUGGGAUUGUAUUUGGGUCAUCUGGGGUCAAAAACUAGGUCACUAGGUAAAAAACUAGGUCACGAGGUCAAAAACUAGGUCACUAGGUCAAGUAAUAGAAAAACCUUGUAUAGACAAUAAAGGUCACAGUUUUCAUCCAAUUUUUAUGAAAUUUGGUCAGAAUGUUUAUCUUGAUGAAAUCUGGGUUGGGAUUGUAUUUGGGUCAUCUGGGGUCAAAAACUAGGUCACUAGGUCAAAUAAAAAAAACAACCUUGUGUAGACAAUAGAGGUCACAGUUUUCAUCCAAUCUUUAUAAAAUUUGACCAGAAUGUUUUAUCUUGAUGAAAUCUGGAUUGGGAUUGUAUUUGGGUCACCUGGGGUCAAAAACUAGGUCACUAGGUCAAAUAAUAGAAAAACCUUGUGUAGACAAUAGAGGUCACAGUUUUCAUCUAAUCUUUAUGAAAUUUGGUCAGAAUGUUUAUCUUGAUGAAAUCUGGGUUGGGAUUGUAUUUGGUUAGUCAGGUGAGCGAUUCAGGGCCAUCAUGGCCCUCUUGUUUAGUAAUUUUUGCCUGAAUGCUUAGAACAUUUUCUGUAGAUGUGAACUUUCACUUUGUUUAGUUUGGUAAACUUGUCACAUGGUAUGUAGAAAACUUUUACAUUAAUUUCACAAUUAUGUUACACAUAUCAGUUACCCACAAAUAUCAUUAUUUAUCAUGCUCUGUAUGACAUUUGAAAGUCACAUGUGGAAUGUAUCAGUAUCACAAGACCUGAACAAAAUUUGACAUUGGUAUUUUCUUCGGAUACAAUUCUUUUGCUUUACUUUAAAAAGCAUUUGUUUAUCAUACAAUUGAAAAAAAAGACACUGUAAAUA